UGUUGGAAGUGGAGUGAGACUCCAGCCUCGAGAACACCGAACUGUGACCUUGAGUGACCUGCAUGCAGCUCUUGGCGUCCGUGAGAGGUACAGUAGUGGUAGAACGGAACUUGCUAGCGGAUUCAGGCUACCGCGUAUCUUGGCAUCUGGUAGGAAACGUGGACUUCCGUCGCCUUUGACGUCCACUCACGUACUCGUCUCGUUACGAAUCAAGAAAUCACCCAGAAACAGAGUUGCGAGCAUGACAAAAACUAGUCAGCGUCUGCUGCGCGUCAGUGCAGCCAUGGAUAGCCCCUUCUCGAAACAGUGCCGAGAGUUGGGGAUCCACCUUCCUACGCGACGCUCGAGGGCCGGCUUUUGGGAUGGACUGCCUACUGAACAGGCAGGAGCGGCGCUCAUCGAGCAUACGAGGGAGCUGAGUCGCCAGCAGGAGAUCCUUUUGCAGCAUGCCAUGUCCGUCAGCCUCGCGGGAAACGCGGCGCAGCGGGCGGUGCAAGUGGAAAGUGAAGCUCGCGAAAAGCAGUGGGAGCAGGCUACCAAGCGGAGCUCGAUGGCGGCUCUGGCGCGGAAUGUUCAAGACAGCCAAACGGCCCUAGAAGACAGGUUGAAUAAUCUCAGAUUGCUCGCCGACCAGAUGCGACUAGCCGCCGCAGAGGCAAGGAAGAAGAUGCUGUCCAGGAAGCUAACCAUCCAGCACCUUCGAGCGGACCUAAGCAAGGUUAAAGCCGAGCGGUGGCGAAAGCGGUGCGCGGCGGGCGUUGAGGAGCUGAUCAAGAGACAGGCUGUGCUUGUAGACGAAGGCGUGGAGGCCGCGUUAAACGAACCCGCGGUGGUGCCAGUGGUUGGGGGGCAAGGGAAUCUGCCGUCGACGCAUGCGGUGGAGGAGGAAAUGGAGGCGGUUGGAAUGGCUGGUCUGGGAGAGUUUCAGGAGUGUACUCGACUGGAAGGCAAGGACAGGGGAGAAGAGGAAGAGGCUCAAUGCGCGUUGAAAGAGCAAGCGACGUUGUUCGCGGGCGACGGAGAGGUUGCUGUCGCACAUGGCUCGCCCGCGAAGACCGCGACCUCCCCUGCGAAUGAUGCCGCGCCGUCUCCUGCGAACCGUGCGACGGCGCCGUCGCGUGACGACCUCGCGACGCUGCAGGCGGCGAUGGCGAUCCCUCCGCCCGCGCGGCACCAGCUGCCCCGGACGCCACCACCCCAAGCAGCCGUUCGCGGAGGCGAUGCCGCUGAUCCGUGCCCGCCGCUGGCAGUUGGUAAGGACGUGGAGGGAGAUACAGCAGCCAGGCUGGACUUGGAAACCCCAGAGAGUUUGACGACCCCUCGUGGCGUAUCAGUUGAGGCGAACAACUCUGUUGGGAUUCAGAUGGAGGAGGUAGAUCAGCCGCGGGUGAGUCUGCUGGGAGGUGCGCAGCAGCAGGCGGAAGAGAGUGGCCGAGACGGCGGUGCGCGCGGGGAGGAAGAGUGGAGGCGAGUUGCGCGGGAGGCGGCGGGGCAGCAGCGACGCGCGGAGGAGGAGAAGCGGCGCGCGGAGGAGGAGCAGAGGCGCGCGGAGGCGGUGGCGGAGGAUGUGCGGAAGGAGAACGAGAAGCUGAGGACCAUGCUGCGGUGCUUCGAGCGCCCGGAGGUGGAUGAGGCGGGCCGAGAGAUUCUCCGCCAGAUCCUCGCCUCCCUCCCCUACCACGACAACGCUUCCUCCCCUCCAGCGACCUCCGCUGCGCUUCCCCCAGCGCCUUCCACCUGCGCGCGCGCCGAAGCGGCGCCUCCUUCCCCCGUUCCCACUGUCGCUGCUGAAACCGCUGCUGCUGGUGCUGCUGCUACCGUUGCUGCUGCUGCCGCUUGUCCGACAAGUCAUCCGGCUUCCGCGGCGGAGGCAGAGGAGGAACGUGGCACAGCAGCGUUGAGCGGUGGCCCCCAGGGUACAGACCACGGAGGCGCUUCCCGCUCGGCCCGUUCUGCUUCGCCAUCCCCUGCUGCUCGCUUUCACUCUGCUCACGGUCCCCCAGACACAGCAGCAGAAGAAGAUGCAGCAGCAGUAGCACCAGUGGCUGAAGCGCCAACACCAGCGGCACCAUCAGCUGCAGUAGUGGCAGCAGGAGAAGACUCAGCAGCAGAAGCAGCACCCGCAGCAGCAACGUCACCACCUCCAGCGGCGGCGGCGGCGGCAGCAGCAGCAGCAGUAGCAAUACCCUCACAAUCUAGCUCGCAUACAUGCGCCCCUGCGCAAUUCGCCACGCUUGAGUGCUCGCAGGAUUCCGACAACAACUCCCAGUCGUUAGCCCCUCCCGGAGUCAUCUCCCUUAGCGACGACACUGUGGCCGACGAAAGUCCGCGGGAGAGCGCAACUGCUGCAGCGGCCAGCGGGGCGAUUGGGGAUGGUGAGAGAGGCGGAGGCGGAAACAGCAAGGAGAAGUCGGGCGGAAGCUUCGCGGGGAAAGGGGUGACGGGGAGUGGAGAUGAACGAGAGGCAGAGGAGAUGGGCGCAGGCGGGGAGAGGGGCUCGGAAGAGAGAAGCGCAGAGGGGAAAGACCGAGCGGAGAGCUGCCCAGAAGGCGGAAGCAGCGUCGACUUGACGGACAUGAUUCAGAGGCUGCGCGCGCGGAGCCUGCGGGCUCUGACAGAGGCGGAGGCGAAGAGGCGGGCGGAGGAAGAAGGCGCAGCCGCUUCAGCGCGAGAGGGAGAGGGGGAACGGGAAGGAAGGGGGGAUGCGGGCGACGCGGAGGAUGGGGCGGCAGCGCGGGGAUCGCAGGGGGAGUGUGAGGCGGCGGAGGGCAAAGGGCUUCAAGAAAUUGCUGGUGCAGCAGCUUGCGGGGGAGGGGAUGAUGCUGCUCAUGCUGGUUCCGAUGCUACUGGCGCUGCCGCUGGUGAUAUUGCUCAAGACACAGGAAAUGGCAGGCGCAGAGGCAGGAGCAAGGCUGACAGUGGUGUGAGUGGGAGGGAGGUCCUUGUGGAGGAGGGCGGUGUAGGGGCAGUGCGAAAGGGGCGGAAGAGGGCGGCAGAGAGCCAGGAAACGAGCUAUGGGUCAGGGAGGGUGACACGGAGUCAGGUGAGGAAGAGUGCAGGGAAGGGGGAAGAGGAGGGAAGCAAGAGUCAGGACACAAGAGCGGAGUCCAUGCACGAGGUUGACAUGACUGAUGUGAGUGUUGCUGAUCAGCCCUUCAUGGCUGCUGCAGCUGCUGAUGAUGAUGAUGAUGUGGCCCCUGCUUCUGCUCCUGCUGCUGCUGUUACCACUGCUGCUGCUACUGCUGCUGAUAGUGGUGGGGAGAGCUGUAAGAGGAGCAAGGGAAAGGCCAGCAGCACGAGUGCUGCUGCUUUCCUACAAGGAAGGAGCAGGAGCGUGAGCAGUGGGAGGGGUAAGAGAGGCUGCAGCUCGAACGCCAGCGGUAGCAGCAGAAGCGGCAACACUGGCAGCAGCAAACGGCAGUCUCGGAAGCUGAGUGCUGCCAAUUGCAAUAGCGAUGCUGCGGCUGGUGGUGAAGCCGAAUCUGAUGCUGCUGCUGCACAUGGCGAGAAGAUUUUUCUGACACCACCUCUUGUGCCUACUAAGGCAGGGAACGAAAAGCAAGACUCAGGAGGUGAAGGUAGUGGAAAGGCAGCAGGCACAGGCACCAAGGGCCGUGGCCUAGCACCAGGGGCCAGUGAACUCUGCAGCGGUCGCCUGGGAGUGAGUGAAACUCCCAUGGUCGGUGAGCCACCGCACACGGCAGGGGAGAUAGCAGAGAGCACAGCAGGCAGCCAGCCCAUCCGCUCCACCUCUCUCUCGGCUGCCAGAUGCCUGGCCGCCCUGGGAACGCACUCGCCCGUGCUCACCUCCUUCUUCCAGCGAGCCUUCCCCGUGCCUAAGCUCAAGGGCUCUGGCAGUGCCAGCAGCUGCAGUGGCGCCAGCAGCAGCAGGAGCAGCAGGAGCAUCAGGAGAGGCGGGAGCAGCAGGAGCAGCAUGGGCGGUGGGAGCGGCGGUAGCAAGAAGGGGGGUGCGAAGGGAGGUGCGGGAGGGGCAGGGAGCAGGUCAGCGGGAGAGGGGGGUGCGAGGGGUGGUGGUGGUGCGGGUGUGGGGGGUGUGUCCUCCCAGCUCUCCCUUGUGCGCCAGGCACUCGCCUUCCAUGAGUCUGAGGGCACAAGGUAGAGGGAUGGUGGUUAAUGGGGGGAUGGGGCAGAAGAGAGGACGAAUGUGGGGAGGAGAAGAGGGGUGCGCAGUGGGGCAAUGGGGGGGAGGGAGGAGGGAGAGGAGAGGGAGGAGCACGGAGAGGGGAGGACACAAGAAUGAGGUGUGGAGUAGCUGAAAGGAGGGGUUGGAACGGAAGUGACGAUGCGAGGGGAGAAUGUGGAGGCGAGCGCAAGGGGAGUGGGAAGGGAGAGCACGUGGAGGCUCAGUGUGUGCAUGUACUGGCGAAGGGUGCAGCCAGGUUGUUGAAGGUCUACCUGCUGGAUCGUCUGCUGCUAAUUCCGCCUGGUCCUUUCAGACACAGAAUCAAUGCUGCUGCUGCCGUUGUACAGCCAUGGGAGGGUGACUGGGAGGGAAAUGUAUACUGGGAGGGUGCUUGCUUGUUCAUUUCGGCAUGUACCAGUGUGUUGUUUGUUAGAUUUACACAAUAACUUGUUAGUUCCUAAAAGACCAAUUCGAAAUGUGUAUUUGUUACUCAGCAU